AUGGAUCAAGUCGCUGACAUCCCCGAGGUCGAACCAAUGGAAGAGGCGCAAUCUUCCCCGCCACCAGCCCUCGAAUUGAAUGACGGUGUGGACCAGGACCAAGAGCAACAUGUGGUCGAGCCAGCUCCAGAAUACCAUGACCUCGUCGCGGUCGUGCACCACCAUGAUGACGUGGAGCUUCAAGAGCUCUUCCAGCAAAUUUAUGGCAACUACUGGCCAAUCGAAGAGUUGGAGUACUUGGCAAAUCAUCUUCACAAUAUCGAUGUGGAGAAUGAUCCACCACCAUCACCAGAGGGCUCGAUCGGUGAUCUGCAAGUGGAGGAACACGAUCAAAACGGUUAG